UAGAGCCCGGCCUUAUCUCCAGCCGCACGUUGCCUGUCGGUGACUAAUAACACAAUAACAUUGUCUAGGGCUGGAAUAAAGUCGGAGCUGUUUACCCCCACUCGAUAGGGGUUCAGUAUAAAAAGCCAGCGGAGAGCUGUCCGAGCCAGAGCGCUUCUGCCUGCGCCUGGAGAGCGGUCGUCCGCGCUGUCCCCGCCGCCUCGCUGCAGUCCGCUGCCUCUGCCUCUGCCCGGCCUGGGAGUCGUCCUGCGCUGUACGAUCGGUCGCUUCGAGCUCCGAAUAUUCAGAAGCGCCUUGCGGGAACCGAAGCUGUUUGCUUCUGCAUUCAAUUUGCAGGAGAAUUUAGGAAAAAAAUUUUUUCCUCCAGAAUGGAUUAUUUCCCUGUGAUUUUCCCCUUGCUGUUGGUGGCUGUCUAUGGAGCUCCAGAGACAGGAGUCUCAGGCACUGAGCUCAGCCUGAAGGCUUACAGCGGAGGGGAGAAGCCCCCGCCCAGUGUACCCGGGCUGCUGCGCCGGUCCAAGCGCUGCUCCUGCUCAUCCCUGAUGGACAAGGAGUGCGUCUACUUCUGCCACUUGGACAUCAUCUGGGUCAACACUCCCGAGCAUGUUGUUCCCUAUGGACUUGGAAGCCCUUCUAGGUCCAAGCGAUCCUUGAAGGAAUUAUUUCCUGCCAAGGCAGCAGAGCACAGGGACAGAUGCCAAUGUGCUAACCAAAAAGACAAGAAGUGCUGGAAGUUUUGCCAAGCAGGAAAAGAACUCAGGUCCCAGGACACAAUGGAGAAAGGCUGGGAUAAGCACAAGAAAGGAAAAAAUUGUUCCAAGCUGGGAAAGAAGUGCAUCUCCCAGCAGCUGGUGGAGGGAAGGAAAAUAAGAAGGUUGGAGGCCGUCAGCAACAGCAUUAAACCAUCUUCUCCUCUCGCAAAGUUGAAAGCCAUGCUCAGCAGAGAGCGGAAGGUGACCCACAACCGAACCCAUUGAUCGUCGAGCGCUGGGCCUGUCUGAAGUCAUUGCCUCCAGAGAAAGAGCCACGUGGCCAAGCAUGCUCUCUGUCCGCCCUGGCUGGGAUCAGAGCAAGAGAAUCUUUCCUGCCUAGACCACUUCUUGUUCCAGAGGGCCCAAUGGCCAGCGUCCUUGCGAACAUUCCGAGAGAGGUGAAGGCUUCCCUCGACCUGUCUUCCUCUGCUUCCACUGGUGGUUACUGCUUGAGUGUAUUCUUGUCUUUGGGAAGGACGAUGGACCUCUCAGAAGCAGGACACACAAUGCCUUUUGGAUUAGGUGGCAUCCUCCAGAGGGAGGAAGGCGGUUCCGCGGGAGGGCGGAGUUUUGAGGAAAGCCCUCGGGGAGUGUUUGCUUCUGACUCAGGCGCCUGGCACGUUUCAGGCAGAAACUCCAAAGUUCACGCAAAGAUUUUCUAAGGAAUGCACAAAUUGAAAACACACUCCAAAGACAAACACUCGACUACAAUAAAAUUAAAAAAUAAGAUGGACCUUUUUAAAGUCAUAAAAUGUAAAAUGGAAAGAAACUGUUACUACUGUAAACCCGGAUGUGAUGCAUGCGUAUGAGUCUACCUCAGCAUUGUUGCACUCUGGCUAGAGUAUUUCCCACCUUUAAUUGUUGCUUCGCUCGCCCUUUCCCCUCCUGCUGCCCGCUCCCUUUAACCCCACAUUAGCCUCACAGAGGUCUGGUCCAACGUGUCAGUAGUGGGCAAAAACGUUUUCAUGCUAAUCUACUAGCUCUGAUCCUUAAGAAAAAAGAUCAUCCAAUCAGGAGCUUCUCUGACCUUGAUUUUUGGAAACAUAAUGGUAUAGGGGCAUUUAUGGAAGAAAUGGAAAAGCAAAUAUUGGUAAUGCUUUAAAGCAGUAAAAUUAUUUUUCUUUAUGUAACCAGCUAAUGGAAGAGGUUGAAUUGAGUUUUUAUGUACUUAUUUUUUUAGAGAUAUUUAUAUUCAAACAAUUUAUUCUUUAUAUUUACCAUGUUGAAUAUAUGUCUGGGCAGGCCAUAUUGGUCUAUGUAUUUUUUAAAAUAUAUAUAUUUCUGAAUGAAAUCGACAACAUGCUUUGUUUUGCCUGUCAAGGUAAUGAUUUUAGAAAAUAAAUAUUUUUUUCCUUAC